AACAGCACAAAAAAGCAACGGUCACACACACAAAUCGACCACUGCCAUCACGCCCCCUCCACAGCAGCAGCAGCAGCAGCGUCAUGUCAUCCUCUGCCUCGGCUGGUGGUGGUGGCGGGUCGUCAUCGUCGUCAUGCCUGCACAAGACGCGAUUGGACACGUGCUGGCACAUUUGCGACGGCGGCGCGUGGUGGCUGUACAACAUCUUCUGCUGCCCGUUUGUGCUCAUCUACAACGCCUUUGUCAUCUACUUCUUGGGCUGCAUCGGCGUGCUCUUCCACAGGACCUUCCGCACCAUUUGCUGCGCACCGUGCCGCGGCCUGUGUCCGAGUUGGUAUCGCUUCAAGGACAAGCAGUUCCCCGCCGACGCCUCUGCAAUCUUGGAUCCACAGGAGCAGCCAUUCGACGACAACGAGUUCUACCAGGCUCCGCGGGCCGCCAUCGAGGAGAAGAUGGAGUGGAUGCGGGCCGACGAGUUGCUGAAGGAGAUGCAGCGGGAGCGUCGCGGCCAUGCGUCAGCUGCUGCCGCUGGCGCAGAUCAAGACAACGAGCCCGAGCACUUUCGUCUGUUUGAGGAUGGCAUCAACCCCGAUGACAUUGUCCAGGGCGGUGUUGGCGACUGCUGGCUCCUGGCCGCCCUCGCGUCCUUGGCAGAGUAUCCUCAAGCCAUCCGCCAUAUCUUUGUGCAGAAGGAGCACAGUGGUCGCGGCAAGUACAAGCUUCGCUUCUGGGACGUCGGCAAGCAACAGUGGAUUCACGUGACUGUGGAUGACUUCAUUCCCGUCAAGAAGGGCACCACGACACCGUAUUUCAGCCGUCCAAAGGGCAACGAGUUGUGGGUGUUCCUGAUUGAGAAGGCAUUUGCCAAGUAUGUUGGCGGGUAUGCGUAUCUGGAUGGGGGCCGCAGCCCCUGGGCAUGGCACGUGCUAACUGGCGACAACGUCUUCAGCUACAAGCUCUCCGCCCUCAAGGACCAGUGGGAGCGCCACAUCUACAAGUUUGAGGCCACCACCAGCAAGAAGCAGCAGCGCCACAAAAUGUUCUUGCGUGACACAUACGAGCGCAACGACCACACGCGCAUGUUUGAGCUGCUCCGCCAGUUCUGUCGCCAGCGAGCAGUGAUGGCUGCCUCCAUCCACGACAAAGCCCGCGCUACAGACGGCCUUGUGUCGCACCAUGCGUACUCGCUGAUUGAUGCAAAGGAGGUUGGCGGGUACGAGCUGGUGCAGCUGCGCAACCCCUGGUCCAUUGGCGAGUGGACGGGACCUUGGAGCGACAAGAGCGAUCUCUGGGAACGGCACCCGAAUGUUGCGCGGCGCUGCAAGUAUCACGAGCGGGAUGAGUUUGACGGCACGUUCUGGAUGUCGUUUUCCGACUUUUACUCGCGGUUUGAUCGCAUUGACGUGUGUGAUCGCUCUGCCUUCCGCGAUCUCCACCUCGACGUGCGUGAGGACCAGGGCUGUCCAGGCGUCGUCAAGGGCUGUGUGCACGGCUGCUCGACCUUCUGGUGCCUGUGCCGCGGGCUGCGGGUGCUGUACUUUGGCCACCGCACGAGCCGCGAGGUGGAGUACCAUGCAGGCCCUUGCUCGUGCAUGAAGGACACGGGCCGGUCCUGGACCGUCGAUGACGUUGGAGCAGCCAUGGUGUGAUGGUCUUGACUUGUCGUCCAACAUGGCGACGUAUCUACAUAUAUUUCGCCUUUUUCUUCCACCCCCACACAUUCGCACGCUCUGUUUUCUGCGCAAACCCGUCAUUCCCCCCCUCCCAUACCCGCACGUGUGCAUCUGCGACGCUAAGCACCAACCUCAUUGGUUUUCUUUGCUUGCUUCUUUCUCUCCCUUUGUUGUAAUGUGUGUGUCCCCUGUGUGUGUCCCCUUCAUCAGCUGUCUAUUGUGCCGCCCCCCCCCCCUGGUUUCACUCAUUCAACACAGUGACAUGACAUGCUUUGAGAGAUGGGG